AUGUCUACGAUCACAUCCGUUUCGACGCCCAACGCGCCCUCAGCCAUCGGGCCAUAUUCCCAAGCCAUCAAAGCUGGCGAAUUCGUGUUCGUCUCGGGUUGCAUCCCCCUCGUACCUUCCACGAUGCAGAUAGUCGAGGGCGGUAUCGAGGAGCAGGCCACGCAGGCCCUCGCGAACCUCGAAGCUGUUCUUGAAGCUAGCUCUAGCUCAGUUGGCAAGGUCGUCAAGACUACGGUGUUCCUUAAAGACAUGGGGGACUUUGCUACCGUUAACAAGAUUUAUGAGGAGUUCUUUAGCAGUUCGGAGCAUAAGCCUGCACGAUCGGCCGUUGAAGUCGCUCGGCUGCCGAAAGAUGUUUUGUUUGAGAUCGAGUGUAUAGCGGUGGCAAGCAAGUGA